CCUCUUCACUUUUUGCUUUCUGCUUCCCUUCCCCAUUUCUACUGUUCUUUUACUCUUCGUUUCGGUCGUGAAAUCGGUCUGAGCUUCGUUCGUUAUUUCCCUUGGCCGACACUUUGUGGUCUCGUUUUCGCCUCAUCUGUUGAUCGCUGAAUGUGGGUUUGGAUUCGGCCAUCGGAGGCUGCUGAUUUUGGCUUCCAUUUUUGCAUAUUUGGUAUUAAUUUUUCUGUCCGACAGCCAUUCUUUAGUCCAUUCUAUUGUUUGGUGCCACAUUGCUGUCUUUUUCACGACAUUUGAUUGAUCGGGGGCCUGCAGCGGGUCUUUGAGGGGAGACUGGAAUCGCAACUUCUUGCGACAAUAGCAAGUGCUUCUAGAUUUCUGUUGCUUUAUAUAUAAUCUUUAGUUUUCUUUUCUGAAGUUGAACUGGAGAUCUGUUCGAAGUUCAGCCGUUGACGGAGUUUUCGAUUUGGGGGGAACUGUUUCGUUGCAGUGGGUUAAUAUAUUAGGGAAGAUUGUAGCUUUUGUGCUGCCCUGGUUAAAUUUGGGGCUAAUUGUUAGGGUGUUAAGGGUAUUUUGGGUUGAGGACAGGUUGGCUGUGGGGUUGUGACAUUUGAAGCUAUUUGAAUGGCGAAUGGUGUCAUUGUUUCUUGAGGAGUGACUUGUUGGUGUGAUUAUCGGUAACUGUAUGGUCCCCUCCAUUAGGUUCGGCAGCUAAGCCUGUGGGUCCGUCUGUUGAUAUAAAGCUUGAUUCACUUUUGCAGAGCAAAAAGGAAGGAAAAAGCUUCCUUUAUGAUCCAAUUAUAGUUUUCUUGAGUGUAUUCAUUGAAUUGAAGGAAGAUUGAUAGAUAGAUAGAUAUAAUCAUAGACAGAUAAAAAGGGGUGUUUAUUGAGCCAAAAUGCUUCGGAAAGGAGUUCAGGGGUUGCCUUCUUUUCAGAAGAUCCAAUCAUUGCCGAUGGAUUUUAGAAUUGGGGAUGAUCCUGGGAGUGAUAUGAUGCUGUUGUCUGCUAAUGUUGAGGGGUCGACUGAUGCUGCAGGAGGCGGGGUGAAUGGUAAGGGUCAUUUUAAUGGAGAUAGUGAUGAAUCGCCCUAUUUUAGUAUGGAUAUGUCAGUGAAAGAUGAAGCUUCUUUGGACGAUAAUGGUGGUGAUCAUAAGGGGAUGGUUAUGCCUGAAAGGCCACUCAAACAUUCCCUUUCUGAUUCUAAGUGGAGUGACACCACUCCGUUUGCAACUAAAAAGAAGCUUCAGUCAUGGUUCCAACUUCCUGGUGGUAACUGGGAGCUGGGAACAAUUCUUCAGACUUCUGGAAAUGAGUCACUGAUAUCAUUGCCUGAAGGAAAAGUUUUGAAAGUGAAUUCAGAAACUUUGGUGCCUUCAAAUCCUGACAUUCUUGAUGGCGUAGAUGAUUUAAUGCAGCUAAGUUACUUAAAUGAACCUUCAGUAUUGUACAAUCUCCAGUAUAGAUAUGAUCGUGAAAUGAUUUAUACCAAGGCUGGACCUGUUCUGGUUGCGAUUAAUCCCUUUAAGAAAGUCCCAUUGUAUGGAAAUGAAUACAUUGAAGCUUACAAGUGCAAAUCUUUGGAGGGCCCACAUGUAUAUGCCAUCACUGAUACGGCUAUGCGUGAAAUGAUCCGAGAUGAAGUUAAUCAAUCUAUCAUUAUAAGUGGGGAAAGUGGAGCAGGAAAAACUGAGACAGCAAAGAUAGCAAUGCAAUAUUUGGCUGCCCUUGGUGGUGGUAGUGGUAUAGAGUAUGAGAUACUGAAAACUAAUCCAAUUUUGGAAGCCUUUGGUAAUGCAAAGACAUUGAGAAAUGACAACUCAAGUCGAUUUGGAAAGCUGAUUGAAAUUCACUUUAGUGAAACUGGAAAAAUAUCGGGUGCCAAGAUUCAAACUUUUUUACUGGAGAAGUCCAGAGUUGUUCAAUGUUCAGAAGGUGAAAGGUCCUAUCAUAUCUUUUAUCAACUUUGUGCUGGAGCUCCACCCAGCCUAAGAGAAAAAUUGAACUUAAGGAGCAUAGAUGAGUUCAAAUAUUUGAGGCAAAGCGAUUGUUAUACGAUUUCUGGAGUGGAUGAUGCAGAAGAGUUUCGUGUGGUGAUGGAAGCUCUAGAUGUUGUUCAUGUUAAAAAGGAAGACCAAGAAAGUGUAUUCUCAAUGCUAGCUGCUGUAUUGUGGCUGGGAAAUGUUUCUUUUACAGUGGUUGACAGUGAAAACCAUGUUGAGCCAGUGGUGGAUGAAGGUCUAACUAAUGUAGCUACCCUUAUUGGGUGCAAUAUUGAGGAACUUAAGCUGGCAUUGUCAACUAGGAAGAUGAGAGUUGGAAAGAAGAAUGACACUAUUGUUCAAAAGCUUACCCUUGCUCAGGCCAUUGAUACACGAGAUGCAUUGGCAAAAUCAAUUUAUUCUUGUUUGUUUGAUUGGCUGGUGGAACAAAUUAAUAAAUCACUCGCAGUAGGGAAAAGGCGCACUGGAAGAUCCAUUAGUAUUCUAGAUAUAUAUGGUUUUGAAUCAUUUGAGAGGAAUAGCUUUGAGCAAUUCUGCAUCAAUUAUGCCAAUGAAAGAUUGCAGCAACAUUUCAACCGUCACUUGUUCAAAUUGGAGCAAGAGGAAUAUAUUCAAGAUGGUAUUGAUUGGGCAAAAGUUGAUUUUGAAGACAAUCAAGACUGUCUUAAUCUCUUUGAGAAGAAACCUUUAGGAUUGCAAUCAUUGCUAGAUGAGGAGUCAACCUUUCCAAAUGGCACUGAUUUGAGCUUUGCCAAUAAACUUAAGCAACAUCUACACUCCAAUCCUUGUUUUCGAGGAGAAAGAGAGAAAGCCUUCACCGUUUGCCAUUAUGCUGGGGAGGUUACAUAUGACACGACUAGUUUUCUUGAGAAGAAUCGAGAUUUGCUUCAUUUGGAUUCUAUCGAACUUCUUUCUUCCUGUAUGUUCAAACUGCCUCAGGCGUUUGCAUCCAGUCUGCUUACUCAAUCUGAGAAGCCUGUAGUUGGUGCACUUCAUAAAUCUGGUGGAGCAGAUUCACAAAAAUUAAGUGUUACAGCAAAAUUCAAGGGCCAAUUAUUCCAAUUAAUGCAGCGUCUCGAGAGCACAACACCUCAUUUCAUACGGUGCAUAAAGCCCAAUAAUUCACAAUCUCCUGGAAGCUACAAUCAGGGACUAGUUCUGCAACAGCUGCGGUGUUGUGGAGUCUUAGAAGUUGUCCGAAUAUCAAGAUCAGGUUUUCCCACCAGAAUGUCACAUCAAAAGUUCUCCAGAAGGUACGGUUUUCUUCUAUUAGAGCAUGUCGCAUCUCAGGAUCCCUUAAGUGUUUCAGUGGCAAUUCUUCAUCAGUUCAACAUUCAGCCAGAAAUGUAUCAAGUAGGAUACACAAAAUUGUUUUUUCGAACUGGACAGAUUGGGGUGCUGGAAGAAACAAGAAAUCGUACUCUCCAUGGUAUUUUGCGAGUGCAAAGCUGCUUUAGAGGCCAUCAAGCUCGUUGUCUUCUUAAGGAGUUAAGGAGAGGGAUUGCAGCCCUUCAGUCUUUUAUUCGAGCUGAGAAGACUAGAAAAGAAUACUCAAUCUUAUUGCAUAGGCAUAGAGCUGCCGUAUCUAUUCAAAAGCACGUCAAGGCCAGGAUCUAUAGAAAAAGGUUUGACAGAUUAAAUGAGUCAUCAACUGCAAUACAAGCAGUGAUCCGUGGUUGGCUGGUCCGAAGAUGCUCAGGAGACAUAGGUUUACUGCAAUUUGGAGGAAGAAAGGGGAACGAGCCGGAAGAAGUGCUAGUGAAGACAUCUUUCCUUGCCGAACUGCAGCGCCGAGUACUCCGUGCCGAAGCUAUUCUGCGAGAAAAGGAGGAGGAGAACGACAUUCUUCACCAACGGCUGCAACAGUACGAGAAUCGCUGGUCCGAAUACGAGCUGAAAAUGAAGUCCAUGGAGGAGCUGUGGCAAAAGCAGAUGCGAUCCCUUCAGUCCAGCCUUUCCAUCGCCAAGAAGAGCCUCGCAUUGGAUGAUUCCCAAAGAAAUUCAGAUGCAUCCGUGAAUGGAAACGACGAAGAGUCCAGCUGGGAUACUGGCGGCAGCUUGAGACCCCAUGAAAGCAACGGAGGAGGAAGGACAUCCGUCGCUGGCUUAGGUGUCAUCAGCCGGCUGGCGGAUGAGUUUGAGCAGAGGAGGCAAGUGUUUGGAGACGACGCCAAAUUCUUGGUGGAAGUGAAGUCAGGUCAAGCCGAGGCGGAUUUGGACCCGUACUACGAGCUCCGAAGGUUGAAACAGAAAUUUGAAGCUUGGAAUAAAGAUUAUGUCACAAGACUGAGAGAAACAAAGGUGAUUCUCCAGAAGCUCGGGAGCGAAGAAGGAUCAGGCGACAAGGCGAGGAGGAAAUGGUGGGGGAGGAGGAACAGCACGAGGAUGAACUAACUAACUAACUAACUUUGCCUACGCCUGCAAGAUACAUGGUCGAUUGAUUACCUAUUCCUCUCCGAAAAUCAUCUCCUCAAAAAACUAUUCCUUUCCAGGUAUGCCCGUGCCCGUCUAUCCAUCAAAUGUUGUGUAUAUUUCUCAUUGCGCGCCGUCUCUUUCGAAUACGAGUUCCACUCUCGGAUGAAGUCUUGCUUGUUGUUUAUGAGUGUAGAUAGACAUAUGAUAUGAUAUGAUAUGACAAGACGAGGACGACGAGAUAUGGUGUAGCUUUGUGGUUUUAAUUUUGACAGUAUGGCAUUCCUUAGUAAUGUUGUUUUACUUGGGUGUACUAAA